AUGACCACCGCCACAAGUGUAACCGAGGCCAUCACGGCAGAGAACGUUGUGAAGUUAUUCCCCGAUGUCGACACGCAGUUUGGUGGUACGACCUCUGCAAGGGUGGGGGGAGAGCUCGAUGGCUACGAUGAGGAUCAAGUCAAAUUGAUGGACGAGAUGUGCAUCGUCCUGGACAAUGAUGACAAGCCGAUUGCAUCUGGGAGCAAGAAGACUUGUCAUUUAAUGACAAACAUCAGUCGCGGACUGCUUCAUCGCGCAUUCUCUGUCUUCCUAUUUGACUCGAAAAACCGUCUUCUCCUCCAGCAGCGUGCCACGGAGAAAAUCACGUUCCCGGAUCUAUGGACCAAUACCUGCUGCUCUCACCCGCUUGCCAUCUCUAGUGAGAUGGAGACGACUGGAUCGGGGUUAAAUGAGGCUGUGAAAGGCGCGCGCUCUGCUGCACGAAGGAAACUGGACCAAGAGCUGGGAAUAAAGGAAGCUCAGGUUCCUGCGGAUAAGUUCGAGUUCCUUACCAGGAUUCACUAUCUAGCCCCUAGCGGCGGAGAUGGGAAAUGGGGUGAACAUGAGAUUGACUACAUCCUCUUUAUCAAGGCCGACGUCGACCUUAACCCCAACCCCAACGAAGUCCGUGAUGUCAAAUAUGUUACACCUGAAGAGCUGAAGACGAUGUUCAAGGACCCCAGUGCCAAGUUUACUCCAUGGUUCAAGCUUAUCUGUGACGACAAGCUGUUUGAGUGGUGGGAGAACUUUGGUUCUGAGUCGUUCAAGAAAUAUGUCAACGACGACAAGAUAUGUAGAAUGUAG